AUGGCUCGUCUCGGUUUCUUGUCUCUGGCUCUCCUCUCCGUCCAGGCCUUGAUCGGCGGCGGUCUCGCGGCUGAUGUUGUCGAGAAGGAGGAAGCCCCCCAGACGCCCAACCUUGCCGUCACCGCGCAGACUGCAUUCCCUGCCUCUGAGUUCUUCGGUGUGAAGCUAGUCAAUGGCCUCCCGACCCAGGCGCUGAUCACCUUCGCCAACGAUGAGCCCAACCCCGUGACGGUCAACUUCAUUGGAGGUUCCCUGUGGUCCUUGGAUGAGGAAGACAGCCGCAUCGUCCGCAACCUCACCACCCACCGGUACAGCCUCGAGAUUCCCGCCGGGGAGCAGGAGAGCGUGAACUUCAACUUCGCCACCGAGAUGCAUCCCCAGGAUUUGAGACUUGAGCUGGCUUCCGUUAUCUCCGAUGUUGAUGGCAACGUCUACACUCUCUACACCUACAACAGCACCGUCAGUGUGGUUGAACCCGAGACCAGCAUCUUCGACCCUCAGAUUCUCUUCCUUUACUUCUUCCUUCUGGCCUGCUUCUCUGGUGUCGUCUACUUCUUCUACAGCGUCUGGAUCGCCCCCUACUUCCCCCAGAAGCGUCGCACUGGCAAGGCCCCUGAGGCCAAGAAGUCGACUGGCGUUCCCAAGAAGGAGGAGGUUCCCGUGGAGGGACCCGCUGUCACUUCCGCAACCACCUACAAUGCCGACUGGAUCCCUGCUCACCACAUCACCCGCCCCGAGGCCCGGAAGGUCAAGGGCAGCAGCUCCCGGUCUAAGAGCCGUGCUUAG